CAACGUUGCGUCGAAGCUGUCUUUCAUCUUUCCUGACUUCAACAUUUCCUUUCUUUUUCUUCGAAAUUUUUGUUAUCGCGUUUCGAGAAUCAUGUAAGAUUAGAGAUCGAUAUGCCGAGUCAAGAAGAUAUGGACCUUUGUACCGAUAAGGUACUGUCCAAAGGAAGAAUUCUUCAGGAAUUAACCAAAGCUGUCAAAUUGGUUUACGCUCAAAGUUUAUAUGGUACAGUAGUCUUAGAUGGGGAUUCUUGGUUGGUCUACUGGUUAGAUCGAGCUUUACGUCAUGGACUACGUGUAGAGAGACGUGGUUAUUGGGGCACCGCUCGUGAACUUAGCCAUCAGGAUACUGUUGUUGUAAUUCAUGCUCUCCAAAGUGUAUUAACUUCUAUUGGAAAAGGCAGAGCAUGGCUUUAUCAUACUCUUAGCGAAGGCAGCUUCGAAAGCUAUUUAGCUUGCUUAUUACGAGAUACAAAAACAUUAAAGAAACAAUACUUUCCACAUGCACUUGUUCGGGAUGCAGAUAAAACUAACCAAUUAGUUAAUCUCCUUGCUGGCUUAGAAAAUGUGUCUUUCACAUUGCAAUUGGAUGUCACGUAUUUGGAUAUUUGCAAUUAUAUGCCUCAAAGGCCUAUGAGUGUAAACCCUUCUGGGACUAUAUUAUCAUUACAUCUCAGAUCAUCUAGUGUCUCUUCAAGUUUGGCUUCUCCUGGUGACAGUGGAGUUGCUUUUGACAGUGAUAUGGAUCUCGCUAAUGAAACAGAUGCUAGUAGUUAUAAGGAGGAAGAUUUCCAUUUGGAAGAAACUCCAAGGUACCGAAAUAAUAGGUACAAAGCAAUGAUGAAUAAUUGUAUAGAAGACAAUAAAAAUUUUAGUUCCAGUGAUUCCAGUGAGGAUGGAAAAACUCCUACACAAUCACCUGGAAUGGUGACUAAAUUUCAGACCGCAAUGAUGACGAAAAGCGAUAUAGCGAAUCAAAACUUAACUAGGAAACUCGAUGAUAAUGAGCUCAACUGUUCUAGUUUGGAUACCUUAAAAGAUUAUGAUUUUUACAGUAAAAGUCUAGACGAGUCAAAGUUAGAUAAAAUAAAUAAUAAAAAUGAUAAUGGAGUUAAAGAAUUAAAUAAAAGAACUACAUAUUAUAGUGAUGGUAGUUACAGUUUUAAAAGGAAUAUUGACCCUCGAAAUUCAUAUGUAAUUAACAAUGAUACAAAUCUUUUGGAGCUUAGUAUGACCAUUUCAGAUUGUGAAAAUAUAGAACCACCAUAUGGUAUCUUGAAUACUAUUAAUAUGACCGACACUAGUAUUUUAUCUUCCUCUAGUUCAGAAGCUAUAGUGCAACGUAGGCAACGUAAAAAAAAACGUGGGGAAAGUAAAAAGCGCGUCAGUUUUCAUGAAGAUAUCUUAAAAACUAUGAAACUGGAUGAUGAUGAAAGUUAUGCUGACUUUUCCAUGAGUUUCUUAACACCGAAUUCUGUUCAGAGAAAGGAUACACAAAAAGGGAGAUAUAGUUGGUGUGCUCAUGGAGAUUCUCCUUAUGUUCAAAAAAACAUUAAUUCCAGAAAUAUACACUCGGAUUAUUACUCUUACUCUUCAUCAUCGAGUGUAUUUGAUAGCGAUUGUGAAAAGAAAGGAUCCUUAAAGACUUGUGAACAAUUUCCGUGUCAGAACAAUUGCAAGUGUGCUUGUGGAUUGUCACUUUCGGAACGAGGUGCGCCAGAGGGUCAAGAAGAUCCUGGAAAAGCACUUAGACCAAAAAUGGAGAUUGAAUUAGAAGAAAAUGAAGCGCAAGAAGCUUAUAUUGUUGAAAAAGAAUACGGAAAUAUUAUAGAAGACCCUCCCACUAAAGAUCAGAUGCCUUGUCCAUCUAACUCAAAAAAAGAUAUGAAUUCUAGCGAUUGGUCAGAUGUAGAUAGUACUACUAUGUCAGAUACUGACGAACGUAGAAAUAGUAGACAUUUAGCUUUGCCAUCAAAAAAACGUAAUAUGACAUCAAUAUUAACAGGAGAAAAUAGCAAUAAAUUAUUAGCAUCGUCUUUAAGACAAACUCCGUCUAAAACAUCGUUAUUGAGUAGAUUUUUGAAAUCUAUUACAGAAAGAAAAUUUGAAGUUAAAAGAAGUAAAAAGUCUCAAAAAACAAAUCCUUUAUAUAUAAAAGGUGUCAAAACGAGCUAUGAUUCUUUUAGAGAAUUCAAUGACGAUCUUGAACGAGAAAUACAAGAGAAUGUGGCAGCAGAAAAACAAGAAUUUAGUGGAGAAAAAGUUAGUUUAAAGUUGCGAGAACUUUUUAAAAAACAUAUUUAUAGAGAUAAAACAGAAGAAUUGUAUAAAGUAUACAAAGUUAGAAGUUCAUACAUGACAAAUGGGGAAAGUAAACCAAUGAUUGCUUUGCUAACUGAUAAAACAUUAUAUCUAACUAGUUCGAAAAUGGACCAUACUUAUAGUAAUCAAUUCGUUAUUCCUUAUAACGAAUUAGAUGUUAUUAUGGUUGGACCAAAUGCACAAACAAUACUAUUAUCCAAUGCAGAUUAUGAGAUGCAAUAUUUAUUUUCUACGGGAAGUUCUCAAACUACUUCAGAGUUAAUUUCCCAUUUGGAGAUGGCUAUAAGAAGAUCUCCGAUAAAACCAAGACUUCCGGCGGUUAAAGUGUUAAGCUACGAAGAUAUGCAUAUUUUAAGGCAUUCAGUUCUUUAUGAUACCGCAGUUCAUUCUGAUGAAAAAAUCGAACACUAUAAUCUUAUUUAUAUGGAAGAUGAAUAUAUGUCACCACCUAGCACGCCAUGUGGUCCUAUGAAAGAAGGAGAUCUUAUGUAUAGACCACAUACAUACCAACAUUUUAAUACUCAUUCUAAUACUCCAACUAACCCUUGGGAGGCUGGAUAUUUUGUUCUUAAAGGUGGAGUUGUUUAUAUGUUUACGGAUGCCAGUCAGCGAUUGCCGAAAAGAGCUAUCCCAUUGAAAGGUGAUCUUUGUCAAGGUUGUCGUAGAAUUCCCAAUUCUCAUCGUCCUCACACAUUUGAAAUACUUUUAAAACCGAAUAAAGCGUUUCAAUUCGCCGCACCAGACGAAUAUGUUGCAUUUGAAUGGUUACAAAGUUUCGUUCAAAGCGCUUCUGGAUUGUACGAUAUUUCAGAAAAGAAAGGGCCUUUACCAUGUAGUCUUAUUACAACUACUAAGCAUUUGGUAGUUAUGAAAGAAGUAUUUCCUGGUAAACAACGUGGACAAACACUUUCUUGUGCUUCUGUAGAAGACCUCACAGCUUUCAGAGUACCAUUAACUCAACAAUCUUGGUGUAUACUGGAGUUCGCAUGUCGAGAAGUACACGAAGGUAGCGGUGAUUGGGUUAUUUACUUCACAAAUUAUACAGAACUAUGUACCUUUAGAGAAAUUUUAGAAACAUUGUGGGCUGAUGCAAGUUUGGGUGAAUUUCCUAUGGUAACACUUCCGCCGGAAGAUAAGCUUCAUCGACGUUGCUCAGAUACCAGUAAAGAUUUAGAACUUGCAUGGCGAUAUUUAUUACCUUCAGUAAUCGAUUAAGUAAUAAUGUGUACCUAUAAACAAUAGCUAUCACAUCAUCAUAUUCAGUAAUAGAAAUUAAUGAGACAAAUAUUCGAUAAAUCAAUUCAUACAACACAGAUAUUACAGUUAUCUGAUAAAAUUGAGUAUGACAUUAUAAACAAAUACUCAAAUUCAGCACCUCAUGUUCCUUGAUACCAGUGAGCAGUGGUGAAUACAAAGGAUUAUAUAAAUGUAAGACAUAAAUAUUUAGUGAUACAUAAUAUUGAUGUGCUAAUUCAGUAAAAUGGUGCA